UUACAUCGAGGCGCCGGGGAGCAAGGAGCCGGAAGUGUCAGUCUCCCGGGUGAUGCUGCCGUGGUCACCUGCAGGGCUGUGCACUCCCGGGGCUGCAUUCAUACCUGAGCUCUAAGGGACAAGCAGUUCAGCCCUUUCUGUGCUGGCUGGGUUUGCUUGUAUUUGUUCCUAGUCACCGCUCAUGUAAUGCACUCCCUGAACCAGGAAAUUAAAGCAUUCUCCCGGAAUAAUCUCAGGAAGCAAUGCACCAGGGUGACAACGCUAACUGGAAAGAAAAUUAUAGAAACGUGGAAAGACGCCAGAAUUCAUGUUGUGGAAGAAGUAGAGCCGAGCAGUGGGGGUGGUUGUGGUUAUGUGCAGGAUCUUAGCUUGGACCUGCAAGUUGGCGUUAUUAAGCCAUGGUUGCUCCUGGGAUCACAAGAUGCUGCUCAUGACCUGGAUACACUGAAAAAGCACAAGGUGACUCAUAUUCUCAAUGUUGCAUAUGGAGUUGAAAAUGCUUUCCUCAGUGACUUUAUAUAUAAGAGCAUUUCUAUACUGGAUCUGCCCGAAACCAAUAUCCUGUCUUAUUUUCCAGAAUGUUUUGAAUUUAUUGAACAAGCAAAAAUGAAGGAUGGAGUGGUUCUAGUCCAUUGCAAUGCAGGGGUUUCCAGGGCAGCUGCAAUUGUGAUAGGCUUCCUGAUGAAUUCUGAAGAAAUCUCAUUUGCCACUGCUUUUUCUUUGGUGAAAAAUGCAAGGCCUUCCAUAUGUCCAAAUGCUGGCUUCAUGGAACAGCUCCGUACAUAUCAAGAGGGCAAAGAAAGCAAUAAGUCUGACAAAAUACAGGAAUUAGAAGGAGACAACAGUUCAUGAGUUACAUUCUAGCAGAUGAUGGACAACUAGUUUCUGAAUUGGCUUCUAUAACCACCUUUCCCCUUUUUGUAGACUAAUAAAAACUUCCUUUUCUCUUGCCUUUUUUUUUUUUUAGUGAAAAUGAAGGUCAAUUGAUUGUCCUGAGAUAGCAUAUAAAUAAUUUUAAAAAUUAUAUCAUGUUUUCUUUGGUAUUAUAAUGUGUGAUUAAAUGCUUCUUUGAUUUGCUAAGGGAGAAUAACAAUGUAUUACCAAUAAUUGAUUUCUGUAGAAGAAAAAAUGCUUAAAUUUAAAAAUCUGUGUUAGAGCAUGGAAAGGUUAAAUCAGUGAUUAAGACUUUUCUAUUCCAGCAACUGUAUCCAGGAAGGAAAAAACUUGAAAUGCUACUUGACUUACCAUUUCAGAAGGAGAUAAAUUUCUUCAUAAAUAAUUUAAGAUUAAAAACCAAUAUUGUGCCCUAGCUGGUUUGGCUCAGUAGAUAGAGCAUCGGCCUGCAGACUGAAGGGUUCCAGGUUUGAUUCCAGUUAAGGGCACAUGCCCGGGUUGCCGGCUCGAUCCCCAGUAGGGGGCGUGCAGGAGGCAGCCAAUCAGUGAUUCUCUCUCACCAUUGAUUUUUCUAUCUCUUCCUUCUUCUCUGAAAUCAAUAAAAAUAUAUAUAUUAAAAAAACAACAAUCAAUACUGUAAACCUUCCAAAAGAAGUAACCAAAAUGUGAAGGUUUACACAAUAUUUACAUAGUGGUUACAGUAUUCACAAAAUUUUUAUGUCCUUUUGUACCCACUUUUUAUUUUGAUUUUUAAAAUUAUAUACCCUGCAUUUAUUUAUAAGUUUUUGUGUAGAUUUUUUCUCUUACAUUAUUGUGAGCUUAUGGUUCUUUAAUUAGGUGAUCUAGUCUCUUGCAUUGUGUGUUUUUCAUCUUGGGUCCCUAGCAUUCUGUUUUUUGGGUCCCAGGCAUAAUUUUUUUAUCUUCUUAGAUCUGUGGAAAAACAUUUUGUACUGAAAGUUUGUUUUUUAGUUGUCAUUUGUUCAAUGAUCUGUUUUCUAGUUCAAUAUUCUACUAGAUAACAUAUUUAAAGGAAACAAGGAUUAUGGCUUUAUAAGAAAUUUUAAAUAUAUUGUUAGAAAGCCUAAAAUUAUUUAUAAUGUUACCUCUGGCCAGAGGCUUUGAAUGGUUUGUUUUUUAAAAAUAAAGUCUCCAUAUUGGCAAGGCUGACCUCCACAUUAUAAAUUUGCUUAAAGAUAUUCUUUGACUUAUUCAAAAUAAAAUGUACUUAAAAUUAAUAUAAUUAUAAAAUGAUUUAUUCAAUAGCUUUCAAGCAACCUUCCAUGACUUAGAAAAUAUCAUAGCCAUUAAGAUUUUAUUAAGAAAGUCGGAUCUUCUUAAAUACAUAUUCUAGAGAGCUAGUAUACUGCCAUAUGUAAGUUGGAAAGUGCUCAUUGAGCCCAGCUGUGCAUUUGAGAAAGUAGGCCUUCCUGUGCUGCCAGGAGCAAACAGGCGUGAUAAAUGCAAAUUAUGUCUCGAGAUUGCUUAUAGCUUGAUAAGAUGCUAUCACGUGCAAAACUAUGAACUCUGCUUCUGUUGAGAAGCAGUGUAAAUGUCAUCAACCUACUGUGAGCUGUCUGAAGCCAACCAAGGCAGACAGAAUCCUCUUAAAUAUGAGACUGAUGUUGUCCCUGUAGUCAGUAUUGCUGAGGGUUUGCAGGGUGAACCUUUUCCAUUCACAUGAAACCAUUUAUUUAAACACAUUUUCUUUUGCUAGGUGCUAUUUAGUUUUCAGCCAUUAAAUGUUGUAACCUGAAGCCUGAAUAGAACUGGUUCAUAAUGGGUAGUGUAUUACUUAUGUCUGUAUUUUGUGUGCUUAGCUGUUGCCUGUAGUGAUCUGGUUAUGGUGUAAGCGCAUAUCUUCUGUAUCAUCUACAGAAGUGCUUUGAGCAUCUGUUUUAUUUUAUCUUAAAUGAUAGCAGUUUGCUAUAUCUAAAAUAGAUCAACAAAUGUAACUCACUCUUUUAAAUUAGGGGUACUAUGGAAGGCAAUGAUGGGAAAUAUGUAUAUAGUAUGUUUAUUGUGUUUUCCAUGGAUAUGUCACUCUGUCACACCUGAUUAUUUAUAAAAAGGAAUGUUAUCAUUAUAAUUCUUUAUCUCAUGUAUUAUACAUUUAAAAAUAUAUACCAAAUAUAGAUCUGUUUUGAAGGAAAGGGAA